AAUGGGGGCGAGGCUGUGCUUCAGGGGCCGGCUCGGUGACGGAGGAGGGCGGUGGCACCGGGGGCGCGGCCGGGCCGGUAACGGGGCGGGGCCCGGAGAGCCGCCGCCAUGUUGACGGCGCCGCUGCGCUGCGCCCGCAGAGGCUGAGCUUUGUUGUGGUGAGCAGGGAACCCCUGAGCCUGUUUGGUGUCACAGGCGCACAUUUCUAACGGGGAUUGCAGCCAUGGCCACAGUGGGGACACCCGGCCCCCCCAGUGUCCCUCGUCACACCAACCGCCUGAUUAAUGAAAAGUCCCCGUACCUCCUGCAGCACGCCCACAACCCUGUGGAUUGGUACCCUUGGGGUCAGGAAGCCUUUGAUAAAGCAAAGACAGAAGGCAAGCUGAUAUUCCUGUCAGUUGGUUACUCCACCUGCCACUGGUGCCAUGUCAUGGAGGAGGAGUCCUUCAAGAGCAAGGAGAUUGGGGAAAUCAUGAAUGAGCACUUUGUAUGCAUCAAAGUGGAUCGUGAGGAGCGGCCAGAUGUGGACAAAGUGUACAUGACCUUCGUGCAGGCCACCAGUGGUGGAGGUGGUUGGCCCAUGAGUGUCUGGCUGACCCCAGACCUCAAGCCCUUUGCUGGGGGGACGUAUUUCCCUCCUGAGGAUGGAGUUCAUCGUGUUGGUUUUCGGACUGUGCUGCUCCGGAUCGCAGAGCAGUGGAGGGAGAACAAAGAUGCCCUGUUGGAGAGCAGCCAGAGGAUUCUGGAAGCAUUGCGACACACAUCAGAGAUCCGUGUGCAGGGCCAGGAGUCACCCCCACCAGCCAAAGAGGUGAUGGACACCUGUUUCCAGCAGCUCUCCAGAUCCUAUGAUGAGGACUAUGGUGGAUUUUCCAAAUCCCCCAAGUUCCCCACCCCAGUGAAUUUGAAUUUCCUAUUCACGUACUGGGCCCUGCACCGAACAACUCCAGAAGGUGCCCAGGCACUGCAGAUGGCUCUGCACACCCUCAAGAUGAUGGCCCACGGGGGCAUCCAUGACCACAUUGGUCAGGGGUUUCACCGCUACUCCACUGACCAGCACUGGCAUGUCCCUCACUUUGAGAAGAUGCUCUAUGACCAGGGGCAGCUGGCAGCCAUGUACAGUAGAGCCUUCCAGAUCUCUGGUGAUGAAUUCUUUGCUGAUGUUGUCCGAGACAUUCUACUCUACGUCUCGCGUGACCUGAGUGACCAGGCAGGAGGUUUCUAUAGUGCAGAAGAUGCAGAUUCCUACCCGACCACCACAUCUAGAGAGAAGCGAGAAGGAGCUUUCUGUGUGUGGGCAGCCAAGGAGCUCCGGGCUCUCCUCCCUGACCUUGUUGAGGGAGCCACACAGGGGACAACGUUGGGAGAUGUCUUCAUGUACCACUAUGGAGUGGAAGAGGCUGGCAACGUGGACCCCAUGAAGGACCCCCAUCAGGAGCUGAAGGGAAAGAAUGUCCUCAUUGCCCGCUGCCCCCCGGAGCUGACGGCAGCCCGAUUUGGGCUAGAGCCAGGCCGGCUGAGUGCCCUGCUGCAGGAAUGCCAACAGAGACUGUCCUCAGCCCGGGCACAGCGGCCACGGCCGCACCUGGACACCAAGAUGCUGGCAGCAUGGAAUGGGCUGAUGAUCUCAGGCUUUUCCCAGGCUGGGGCUAUCCUGGCCGAGCAGGAAUAUGUGAGCAGGGCUGCACAGGCAGCUGCCUUCCUGAGGACACACCUUUUCGACCCCGAUAGCGGGAGGCUGCUGCGGAGCUGCUACAGGGGCAAGCACAACUCAGUAGAGCAAAGUGCUGUGCCCAUACAGGGCUUCCUGGAGGACUAUGUCUUUGUCAUCCAGGCGCUCUUUGACCUGUAUGAAGCCUCGCUGGAGCAGGGCUGGCUGGAGUGGGCACUUCAUCUCCAGCACAUGCAGGACAAGCUCUUCUGGGACCCUAAAGGCUUUGCUUAUUUCUCCACUGAGGCCAGCGAUCCCUCCCUGCUCCUGCGUCUCAAGGAUGACCAAGAUGGAGCAGAGCCCACCCCUAACUCUAUUGCUGUCACAAACCUGCUCCGAGCAGCUUGUUACUCCGGUCACAUGGACUGGGUGGAAAAAGCCGGCAAGAUCUUGGCUGCCUUCUCAGAGAGGCUGCAGAAGAUCCCAGUAACCCUCCCAGAGAUGGUCCGGGCCACUGCUGUCUUUCAUCACACCCUCAAACAGGUUGUCAUCUGUGGGGACCCCCAAGGAGAAGACACCAAAGAGAUGCUGCAUUGCGUCCACUCUGUCUUCAGCCCAAACAAGGUGCUGAUGGUCGCAGAUGGAAACAGCGCUGGGUUCCUCUACCGCCAGCUGCCUUUUCUUGCAUCCCUGGAGAGGAAGGAUGGGAAAGCCACUGCCUAUAUCUGCAGCAACUUCACCUGCUCCCUGCCUGUCACCUCUGUCCAGGAGCUGCGUGGGAUGCUCAGCCCGUGAGCCCCUCAGUCCUGCUGCCUGUGGGAAGGCAAGAGUGGGACAGACUGGCACGGGAACAUGGAAGAGCCCCAUAAUAGAGGCAACCUGAGCACCGUCCCAGAUGGUUCCUAGCAGUGCAGUGGGGCUGUGCCCUUCCCCACCUGCAGCAGGUUGGGGUCUGCUUGCACUGUUGCUUCAACAGUGUCUCAGCACAACUGACUGUUGUCUUGGGUCCUGUUUUUGGUAUGUCCCGGAGACACUCAUGGAGGAGCAUCUCCUGCUGCUGUAUUCAUGCUUGCUUCUCGUCUCUUCUUGCUGAGGAAAACAAGUUAAAUAUAAAUCCCAGUGUUAAUGGAGAAGUCAGAUGGGAAAACUGUUAGUGUUUCUAUAGCAACCCAGGGUAACACUGUCAAAAGCACCUGGAUGACUUGGGAGUCAAGUGUUCUUAAAAGUGUUACUGACUACAACAGCUGUGGUAUUUUUCCGUUACAGAGGAGAUUGUUACAUACAUUAACUGAAUAUAUAGUGCAUGGAAAAAA